CCCUAAGCUUCUUCUUCAUCAAGACAGAGAGUAGCAGAAAGUAGGGCCGCUACCUUCAUCCUGGGCUAAGCUACUGCGGGAGUUUUCUUCUUCAGAAGAGCAGCUUCUGCAGUAGCUAAUAUAUAAAAAUUAUAAAUACGCUUUUAUUGUUUAAAAGUAUAUAAUAUAUAUAUAAGCAAAUAGAAAUAAUGGCUCGCUCUCUCUCUUCCCUUAAGCUCCUUGUUACUUCUGUUUCUGAUGGUCUUUCCCUUUCCAUCUCCCGGAGAGGGUACUCGGUUACACCGCAUGGAGCUGUGACGGCUGCCUUCGGUAGGGGAGGGUCCAGGCCUGGAAUGGUGGGGAAAGUUGAGCAGAGGGGUGUGAUGAAAGAAGAGUUGCGGGUUUCUACAGCUUGGGCCCCUGAUCCUGUCACUGGGUACUACAGGCCUGAGAAUUGCGUGGCGGAGAUUGAUGCAGCGGAGCUCCGAGAGAUGUUGUUGAAUCACAAGGUGAGACCACACUAGGAAGAUGCAGCAUGUGAUGACACACAGCAGAGCAGAUCAUUUGCUGUUCUUGAGCUUCAAAGAUUGGGGGUUCUUUUCUUUGGUUUUUUCAGCCUGUUUGUUGUAUUCUAUCACUCUUUUUCUUUAGAGUCUCUAUCAUCAUUAUAGUGUUGACAACGAGUGGAGUUGUGUGGUGAACUUUAAUCUAAUGGAGAUAAGUACUAGUUACUUUUCUAACUAGUAAUGAUCAAAUCAAA